CUGGAGUUAAUUAAUUAGUAUCUACAAAUGAAAACACACUAUUUUUGGUAAACCUACUAAAAUGAUAAAAAUGAAUAUUUUUCAGGAAUAGAGAGAGUAAUAACAAAAUAUGGCACAAUAAGACCAUAGUUUCAAGUUUGAACCAGAAUAAACACACAUCUAUCGACCUCCCCAAAAGUCAACCCCUCUCAGAAUUGGGAUGGGGGAGGCUGCAGUGGCAUUUUUGCUGGAGCAAGUGAAGGCGGUGGUGGUAGGGUACGCCGAUCUGAUCUCCGGAGCGGAGAAUGAGUUGGAGCAGUUGAAGACAGACCUUGCUCUACUCAAGGGUUUCCUCAAGCAGACGGCGGAGAAGAAGAAAAAGGAAGCUCCAUUGAUGUCAUUGGAGAAGGAGACGAGGGAUGCGGUGUACGUGGUGGAGGACACCAUAGACACAGGCUUGACACAGGCUAUCGCCAAGAAAUCCAAAUCCAUCCACCGCUUGAGUUUGAAAAAUGUGAACCUCGCCAAGGAGGUGAAGUCCAUUAGAGAAGCCAAAGUCAAACCAUUGCUUGACAAGUUUGCUGCAUUCGAUUUCAAAUCUGGAGCCGUGGAAGAUCCGUUGACCGACUCAAAAGGGGAUACACCAAUCAGGCAAAAUAAAGUAGUAGGUUUUGACGAGGAGGAAGCUAUCAUAAGUGGCUAUCUGAAGACAAAAACAGAAAAGCUCGACGUUAUCUCCAUCGUGGGCAUACCUGGACAGGGGAAGGCAACAUUGGCAUGGAAGAUUUAUCAGAGCCAUGAAAUUCGUUGUCAUUUCCCCAUUCGCAUUUGGGUUAACAUAUCUCAAGUGUUCAAGAGCAGGGACGUGUUCCUCGAAAUCCUGAAAAGAUUCUUCCCCAACCAAGAUAUGUCUAGCCUCAACUUCUUCGAGUUGGUUCAAACAGUUUGCACGUGUUUGAAGAAAGAGAAAUUCUUGUUAGUCUUAACAGACAUGUGGAGUGUAACUGCAUGGGACGAGAUCAAGGAGGUGCUACCAAUAGAGAAUGGGGAGGCUAAAGUCCUCAUCACCACCCGAGAUACAGAUGUAGCAGUGGAAUCUAGGGUUUACAGAGCUCCACACUUUCUGAAGUUCUUAGAUGUUAAUGAAAGUUGGGAGCUCCUUAAAUAUGAGGUGUUUGGUUUGGAAGACUGCCCGCCACAAUUGAGCAACAUUGGUUACCUUAUAGCCAAGAAGUGUGAUGGACUGCCACUAGCAAUAGUUGUGAUUGGAGGUAUUCUCUUUGACCAACUCACGAAAUCUCGAUCCACGACUGUGAGUGAAUGGGAGACGUUGUCGACAAAUGUGAGUGGCGCCUUACAAGCUGGCAAAAAUGAGCUCUUAACAGAAGUUUUAGAAUUGAGCUACCAAAGGCUGCCAAAUGACUUGAGAACAUGUUUUGUUUACUUGGGUGUAUUUCCUGAAGAUUAUGAGAUUCCAGCUAAGAUGUUGUGCGGGCUGUGGAUUUCAGAAGGAUUUGUACUUGCUAGGAAUGGAAGAAGCUUGGAGGAAAGCGCUGAAGAUAAUAUGUAUAGUCUCAUUUGCAGGAACUUGUUAAAGGUCGAGAAAACUAAUCACAUUGGCGAAGUUAAAACGUGCAGGAUUCAUUAUAUGAUACGUGCAUUCUGCAUAAAGAUAUCCAAGGAUGAGAAUUUAUGGCACGAGAUUAAAUUAUCCAGGACAGGCGCACUUCAACCUCCAGUUUCUGAGAUAAAAGACUCUCAUCGUCUUUCUUUCUGUUCCAAUCUCUCUAAGUUCCUCAUGGAAAACCCAUAUGGUCCACACGUUCGUUCAUUUUUGUGUUUCUACGAGCGGCCUGUCGAGGUGAAUCCAGAAUACAUAUCAGUUAUACCAAACGGCUUCAAAAAGCUUAGGAUUCUGGAGUCAAAGUGCAUCAUAUUCCACCAAUUUCCACCAAGGAUUACCAAACUAAUUCAUCUUAGGUACCUCACCCUAUAUAUUGAGAGACUAGAAACUCUUCCAGAACCAAUCACCCAGCUAUGGAACCUACAAUCUCUUGUAGUCGAGACCAAGUCUCGUUCCAUUACAAUGAAAGCAAAUAUGUGGAAAAUGGUGCGACUGAGGUAUCUCAAGACAGGAGCAGCCAUUGUCCUAGACGACAGUAAAUGGAAAGGUGACGCAGGGCAGAACCUUCAUACGUUGAAUAGAUUGGCACCCGAAUCUUGCACGGAGGCCGUCUCCAAAAAGGCUAAAAACCUCAAGACCUUGGGGAUUUCCGGUAAAGUGGCCAAUGUUUUUGGAAAUAAGUUCCUAGAAAAUCUGCAUCAUCUAGAAAAGUUGAAGCUGGUGAAUAGUGUAACUUAUGAGCAGACAUCUGAAGAUAAGCUGCACAGUCUUCCCCCACAGAAUCAUUUCCCGCCAUAUCUCAAGAGGCUGACAUUAACUAAUACAUUCUUGGGUUGGCAGCACAUGUCCAUUUUGGCAAUGAUCAAGAGCCUCGAGGCCCUUAAGUUGAAAGACAACGCAUUCGUUGGACUUACAUGGAAUCUUGGUCGUGACAGCUUUCCUAAUCUCCAACUCUUGCUCAUUUGCAACACAAAUCUACUUGUUUGGGAGGCCUCAAUCGACUCCUUUCCUAAGCUCAGGUUUCUUGUGGUUAAGCACUGUGAAAACCUCAAGGAAAUUCCAGAGUGUCUGGGAACACAUCUUGAGAAAUUGGAAAUAGAUCGUGUUUGCCUUUCUGCAGUUCAGUCUGCCAAAAAAAUCGAAGAAGCAAACAAGGGAAAACCAAAAGGCAAAUUUGAGGUACCAUUCAAUCUCAUCGUAGGUGCUGCGUGUGAUACCAAGUGAUCGAGCUGGUAGCCACACUUAUGAGGCAAGUUUUAUUUUCUGGUAUCAGUAAUUUGAUUCAAUGCAUGUCAAGUGUUUCAAUAUUCUUUAGAUUUUACUGGCAAUGGCGUCUUCAUCUGAGCAGGGGAAACAAUGCAACAAUGCGAGAUCAAGUUCUUCAAUAUGGAUGUAUGGUUGGUCUUGUGCUUUAUUAGAUGAAAAACGUCGAUGCAUCUGUGACAUUUUCGUCUUACGCUUUGCGUUUCUAUGUUACGAUGACUGAACAAUCGUUUGUUUGUGUGUUCUUGCUUUAAUAAGGAUCGUUUGGUUGUGUGUU